AUGGUUCAGUGUGAGCCGGUCACGCCUUUGGAUGGACGCUGCUCCACGGUUCAGGCUGCUCCCAGCACAGCCAUGACGGGCCAGAGCCAGGAGCCAGAGCUGGAUGAACCGCAGCGCUGUUCUGUAGAUGAGGAGGGGGACGAGGAAGAGGAGGGAGACCACGUGCACGUGUCUGUUGAAAAAGAGGAGCUGGGGCAGGAGCAUGAUCUGGACCUGGAGAAAGAGGAGAAGGAGGAGCUGCCUUACCCGUCUCUGGCCCCUGUGGUCCUGCUGGCGCUAACCCAGCACAGCCCGCCCCGUUCCUGGUGCCUGCGAGCCGUCUGCCACCCAUAUCCUUCGCUUUAA